AGCCUGCCUCCAGACUGCGGCGAUAAACAAAACCACGCAGCGUGACGUCACAGGUGCUCCGCGGUGACACUCUCACAUUCUCCUGGUCGCCUCGCUCUCAUUUGCCGAGGAUCGCAGUCGGAAGCGGGACGUGAGUGGAAAAGAUAGCCGUUAAAGGAAGGUGACUUGGCUGCUGGAUCACUUGAAGGUCCGUGCCGGCGCCGCGAACAUGACGGAGGUCCGGCGGCGAGGCGGAGGAGAAGAGCGGGACAGCGCCGACAACAUCAGCGACAAGGAGACGGACAGUGACGACAAGUUGGGCCUGCAAGGCGACACUGAGGGCGAAUGCGACGUGGACACCAAGGCGGACACUCCCGAUGUUCCGGCGUCCACAGCGGACACGGACAACACUCCACAGUGUCUCAACAAGGCCCUGGAAGGCCUGCCGCCAAGAUGGAAGAACUACUGGAUACGAGGAAUUCUGUCCAUAGCCAUGAUUUCUUUCUUCUUCCUGAUCAUCUACCUGGGACCAAUCACUCUCAUUUUAAUGGUGAUGAUCGUCCAAAUCAAGUGUUUCCAAGAAAUCAUCACCAUCGGUUACAAGGUGUAUCGAUCCUACGACCUGCCCUGGUUCAGAACCCUCAGCUGGUAUUUCCUGAUCUGCGUCAACUAUUUCUUCUACGGUGAGACGCUGGCCGACUACUUUGGUGCGCUGGUGCAGAGGGAGGAGCCUCUGCAGUUCCUGUCUCGCUACCACCGCUUCAUCUCAUUCACUUUGUACCUGGCAGGUUUCUGCAUGUUUGUGCUGAGUUUAGUGAAGAAACAUUACCGCCUGCAGUUUUACAUGUUUGCUUGGACCCAUGUGACGCUGUUGAUUGUAGUGACUCAGUCGCACCUUGUCAUUCAGAACCUGUUUGAAGGGAUGAUCUGGUUCAUCGUGCCCAUCUCCAUCGUCAUCAGCAACGACAUCGGCGCUUACCUGUUUGGCUUCUUCUUUGGAAGGACGCCACUCAUCAAGCUGUCCCCCAAGAAGACGUGGGAAGGUUUCAUCGGAGGUUACUUCUUCACCGUCAUCUUUGGAUUCAUUCUGGCCUACCUGCUGUCCCAGUUCCAGUACUUUGUGUGUCCUGUGGGUUUCAGCAGUGACAGCAACAGAUUCACUGUGGAGUGUCAGCCCUCACAACUCUUCAUCAUGCAGGACUACACACUACCUGACAUCCUGCCAUGGAAGAGGGUGAGCAUGUUUCCAUUCCAGAUCCACAGCAUCUUCCUCUCCUCCUUCGCCUCGCUCAUCGGACCUUUUGGUGGAUUCUUUGCUAGCGGUUUCAAGAGAGCCUUCAAGAUCAAAGACUUUGCCAGCACCAUCCCAGGUCAUGGAGGCAUCAUGGACCGCUUCGACUGCCAGUACCUGAUGGCCACCUUCACGCACGUCUACAUCGCCAGCUUCAUCAGAGGUCCCAACCCCAGCAAAGUCAUGCAGCAGCUGAUGAUGUUGCCCCCCGAACAGCAGCUGAGCAUCUUCCACACGCUGACCUCACACCUGAGGGAGCACGGUCUGCUGUGAGUGUGUAUGUACACACACACACACACACACACACACACACACACACACCUGAGGGAGCACGGUCUGCUGUGAGUGUGUAUGUACACACACACACACACACACACACCUGAGGGAGCGCGGUCUCCUGUGAGUGUGUAUGCACACACACACACACACACACACACACACACACACCUACACUUGAGGGAGCGCGGUCUGCUGUGAGUGUGUGAUGACACACACACACCUGAGGGAGCGCGGUCUGCUGUGAGUGUGUGAUGAUACACACACACACACACACACACACACACACACACACACACACACACACUGUCAUCCAUCUUCAAACCAAAACCACCACACCAAAAAAACAAAGAGUUUUUGCCGGGAGGGGAGGGCUUACCGCCCCCCUGUGGACAAAUGUUGCACUGCACUGAGCGUGACGAACAAAAGGGACUCGUGAAGCAAGCGUUCACCAGCACAAAGUGAAGAAGACACUAUUCUACUCGCUACAUGUAGCACGUAUGCUAACUAGCUUUUAGCGCCUUCAUCCAAUGGUAGCGCACAUGCUAAUAUUGUACAUAUGAUAUAUAUAGAAAAUAAAUAUGGCAUGGACACAUUUAGUUAGAAGGUGUUGGGAAGGACAGAUGUUAUGUACAGGCACUGGUAAACAAAGGUAGAUGAUGCAAUAAAUGAGCAUGUUGUGCACAGGGUCAAAGCCCAACUAAGAAUGCUAGCAACUAGCGGCGCAGGACGUACAUGGUAAGGUUGAAGUCUAGAUCUUUCACUUUAGAGCCACCUUGACUAGUAAUAGCACUCUGCAUAGCGAGUGUUUCUUCUCAUGCUAAGGAAGUUAGCAUUGACUAGUAAUAGCACUCUGCAUAGCGAGUGUUUCUUCUCGUGCUAAGGAAGUUAGCAUUGACUAGUAAUAGCACUCUGCAUAGCGACUGUUUCUUCUCGUGCUAAGGAAGUUAGCAUUGACUAGUAAUAGCACUCUGUAUAGCGAGUGUUUCUUCUCAUGCUAAGGAAGUUAGCAUUGACUAGUAAUAGCACUCUGCAUAGCGAGUGUUUCUUCUCGUGCUAAGGAAAUUAGCAUUGACUAGUAAUAGCACUCUGCAUUGCGUGUUUCUUCUCAUGCUAAGGAAGUUAGCAUUGACUAGUAAUAGCACUCUGCAUAGCGAGUGUUUCUUCUCAUGCUAAGGAAGUUAGCAUUGACUAGUAAUAGCACUCUGCAUUGCGUGUGUUUUUUCUCUUGCUAAGGAAGUUAGCAUCAGCUUGCUUUUUUUCGGUGGCAUUCACUGCUAGCUGAUCGCACUAGCCUGUUUGGCUUUGUGGCUAAGGCGCCCCCUGCUGUGUGUCUGCUGUAACGCUAGUUUGUCAGCAUUGCAUAUGGAAGUAAUAUUGGAGCAAAACUAUUUGUCUAUCUCAAUCUGUGCGUCUGUGACCAGAUUCUUGUGUGUGUGUUCUAAUUUUUGUGUGCGUAUCUCAAUCUGUGUGUGUGUAAUCAGAUCUGUGUGUGUGUAUCUCAAUCUGUGUGUGUGUUACACACACACAGAUUGAGAUACAGACACACACAUGACUACACGGACACAUGAAUCUGAUUAUACACACACAGAUUGAGAUACAGACACACAAAUUACUACAUGGACACAUGACUCUGAUUACACACACACAGAUUGAGAUACAGACACACACAUGACUACAUGGACACAUGAAUCUGAUUACAUACACACAGAUUGAGAUACAGACACACACAUGACUACACGGACACAUUAAUCUGAUUACACACUAACAGAUUGAGAUACAGACACACAAAUUACUACAUGGACACAUGACUCUGAUUACACACACACAGAUUGAGAUACAGACACACACAUGACUACAUGGACACAUGAAUCUGAUUACACACACACAGAUUGAGAUACAGACACACACAUGACUACACGGACACAUGAAUCUGAUUACACACACACAGAUUGAGAUCCACAUGUUCCAUUAGUUUUGCUGCACUAUUACUUCCUUAAUUCUACUACUGAACUCUUCCAAGACGAAGACACACUAUGCUAAUGAGGCUAACGAUGCUAGCUGCACUAUGCUAAUGAGGCUAACGAUGCUAGCUGCACUAUGCUAAUGAGGCUAACGAUGCUAGCUGCACUGUGUGGUCUUCCAAUGCCACGAUCAUCUUUAGAAUGUGUGGAAGAGUAUAUAUAUUUAAUGUUUGUGUGUGUGUAUACACUCUAUGCAAACACCUGUGGAAAUGUUUAGAGAAAAAAAAGUGCAGUUUGUUUUUUAUGCAAGUUUUCUGUGAAUGUGGGCGGGGCUUGGUGUGACCAGGAGGAAGUGAUCCAAAUGUUUACCAAAGCGCUGACUUCCUGACACGCCCUGCAGGACUAAAAAAACGGGUUUGGACUUGAAAGUUUUGCACCUGCUGCUUUUAUUUACUGGGACCGGUUGAAGGGCUUUUAUUGUGAAAGGGCGCCAGCACCACUUUCAUAACACGAGCAGCGCACUGUUAGGUUUUAUUGAUUGAUGUAUUGAUGAUGAAUGUGGGCGGGGCACAGGUGAAUAAAAUGUUGUUUUUCCUG